AGCAGUGUCGAAUUGACAAUUGACAAGUCACGCUAACAUAACCCCACCAAAUUUAUUUUACCAUGUAAUUAUCAUUUUUUUACCCUUUCUCAUGACUUGAGCCCCCACAUUUGCACCAACUAGUAACAAUAUCGCAGCAACCAUGUCUGAAGAUUCCGCUGUCGUAGUCAGGGCUAAACCCGCCCGUAAGGUUUUCAGCGCCAAAAAAAUAACAAGAAUCCCUGACUCAAUCCUACACGACCCAAAACUACAAGCAGCCAUUGAAUCCUUGCCGAAAAACUACAACUUUGAAGUCCCAAAAACGAUCUGGCGCAUCAAGGAGUUACAAGCCAAAACGGUGGCCCUUCAAAUGCCCGAAGGCCUUCUCCUGUUUGCCACCACCAUUGCCGAUAUAAUUAAAGAGUUCACGGGGGCGGAUUCCGUGAUUAUGGGGGACGUGACGUACGGCGCUUGUUGCAUAGAUGACUUAACAGCGAAAGCUCUGGGGGUUGAGUUGUUAGUGCACUAUGGACACAGUUGCUUAAUCCCCAUCGACCAAACCAGCGGAAUAAAAGUUUUGUAUAUUUUCGUCGAUAUUAAAAUCGACCCUCUACAUUUUAUAGAAACGAUAAAAUUGAAUUUUCCAACUUCAACUAAAAUAGGGCUUGUUAGUACGAUUCAGUUCAUCACGACGCUACAGGGUGUCUCCGCUAAUUUGAAAGAAGCGGGGUAUGAUGUGUCGAUCCCGCAGUUCAAACCUUUAUCCCCUGGUGAGAUUUUAGGGUGCACUGCCCCCAAACUCAGAUGUGCAGACGUAAUUAUUUAUUUAGGGGAUGGGAGGUUUCAUUUGGAGGCUGCGAUGAUUGCUAACCCCAAAUUACAAGCUUAUCGGUAUGACCCCUAUGAUAAAAAGUUCACAAGAGAGUACUAUGAUCAUGCCCAAAUGGAAAUUAACAGGAAGGGUUGUAUUGAAAGGGCUAAAGCCGCCAACUCGUUCGGGGUGAUUAUGGGGACUUUGGGGCGACAAGGGAGCCCUAAAGUCGUCGAGCACUUGAAAAGUCGGUUAGAAGGGCUGCAAAAAGACGCUGUUAUUAUUUUAUUAUCUGAGAUAUUUCCUAAAAAGUUGGAUUUGUUUACUAAUUUAGACGCUUUUGUGCAAGUCGCGUGUCCACGACUUUCGAUUGACUGGGGGCUGUCUUUUAGCAAGCCGUUUUUGACUCCGUACGAGAUGGCGGUGACUUUGGGGGAGGUGGAAUGGCAUAAGGCAGAGGGGAGUUACCCCAUGGACUUUUAUGCGAACGCCAGUUUGGGGCCUUGGACGCCUAAUCAUAAGCCUGAAGAGAAAAUUGACAAGUGUUGUGGAAAAUGUCCUUAGGUUUAGAAUAAAUGUUUGUCCUGAU